AUGUUUGCAAGACUGGUAAGGCCAUCUGUUAUUUCCCAGCCAUCAUGGAGCUGUACAAGGAAUCUCUCCUUGAAACCACGUCUACCAAAACUCCCUUCUUUUAAACUUACUCCAGAUCCACCAGGAAAUAUUAUUGGGACUGUUAACGAUGCACAUGUCCCUCCGAAGUUUGACAUUUCUCACGGAUCAUACCAUUGGAUGUACGAGCGUAUUAUUACCGUGGGAAUGGCCCCUUUGGUAGUUUUCCCAUUUGUUGCAGGUGUGGACUAUCCACUUAUUGAUGCAGGCCUGUGUACUUUGGUUUUACUGCACUCGAGAUACGGUUUGCAGAGUUGUAUUAUUGAUUACAUCCCACUUCGUAAGUUUGGCUUCUGGCAUAAGCUGGCAAUGUUUUUGCUAAAUAUUGGUAGUUUUGUUUCGUUGUACGGGAUUUAUAUUAUUGAAACCGAAAAUAAUGGAUUGGCUGAUCUUAUUUCAAAGUUAUGGCACACUUGA